AUUGUGCUCGUGUCAAGAAGAUGGGAUCAAACCGAUUUUUGAUUUUUGAACCUUCACCGCAAGUGAAAUUGGAGAUAGGCUAACCAUGUGACACGUAAUAAAUAAGAGAUGAAACUUAACACAAAAAUAAAAAAUCGCUAAUUCGGUGAUUCCUUUCCCUUUUACCCCAUUUUACUUUGCUUUUACCAGCCCUCCAUUUUCCUUCCGCCGCCGCUUUAUAUUACUUUUUUUUUUUUUUUUACCUCUCCAAUGGAACCUCUCACCGACGGCGACGGCCAUCUAUCAAACGACAUCGCUUCUUUCGCUGAAAAUCUUUCUCCUUUCCCUGAAUCCACUAACGUCGUUUACGACAAUCCAUCUGCCGUUAUUCCUCCGCCGGAAAUCCACCACCUUCCGGUUUCCCCUGUCCGUAAACUCCGUCCGGUGCGGUUUGGAAAUGGCCGAAACUAUGUCGAUAUGGUGGAAAACAACUGUGAUAUGGACGAAGCUUUGAUGACUUGCACCAGUGAUUUAGGGUUUUUGAGUCAGUUUUCUGCUCAAAAUACGUCGAGAGAGUGUGGAUUUGUUGAUUCCUUGGACGAGAAUGGCGUUGCUAGGUGCUCGGAGGCGGAUAUUUCGGCAGUUCAGCAAAUGAAGUCGGAGUUUCAUGCUGAUUGCUUGAAUUUGAUCUCGCAAACUCGUAUUUUGGAGGCUGAAUUUAGCUCGUCUUCAGAUGACAGUGAAUCAUCCGAGGCCAUUGAAGAACAUUUAAAUAGGAAGAGAAAGAGGGAAACACAGAAGAAUCUUAAAUUAUAUCUUGAAGACAUGGUAAAGAGGCUGAUGGAAAAGCAAGAGCAGAUGCACAAACAAUUAAUAGAGAUGAUAGAGAAGAAGGAAGCGGAGAGAAUCAUCCGGGAAGAAGCUUGGAAGCAGCAGGAGGUAGAAAGGGCAAAGCGGGAUGGGGAGUUGAGAGCUGAAGAGACAUCUAGAAACUUGGCUCUUAUUGCUUUCCUUGAGAAUCUGUUAGGUGAAGAGUUCCAAAUUCCAAAAUCAUCAGAAGUAACAAGUCUAGUUAAAGAUGAAGGUGAAGUUCAUGGUCAAGAAGGUGAUGUUAGAUCUGAUCCAUGUAAUAGGAGAUGGCCAAAAUCUGAAGUACAAGCCCUUGUAUCAGUUCGAACUUCUUUAGAUCACAAGUUUCUUAAAGGGGCUAAAGGAUCCGUGUGGGAAGAGGUAGCGGAUGGAUUGGCUAAGAUGGGUUACAUUCGGACAUCAAAAAAGUGUAAAGAAAAAUGGGAGAACAUUAACAAGUACUAUAAAAGGACAAUUGACAGUGGCAAGACACGUCCAAAAAACUACAGAUCGUGCCCUUAUUUCCAUGAAUUGGACAUACUUUAUAAGAACGGACUGCUUAACCAAGGUACUGGAAAUUGUGUGAAGAUCGAGACAGAAAGCAAGAAUGUGGAUCCAGAAGAGUAAAAUACUGGCCAAGUCCUGUUCCUGGAUAUCUCUUACUGCCUCAUCUGUCGCGAAGGAUGUGCUUAUCCGAUGGAGGAUCGAUCAGGCUCUCCAAAUACUUUGGUUAAACUUCACCUUGACAAACCAACACCAUGGACUUAUUGCUGCAGUAAAUGUCAUGAUAGGUGUAAGCAUAUCUCUAUUUAUAUUCUUUCAAAUGUCUUCGAGAGGACUGUAGAUUCUUGUACUGAGUUGCUUGUUCUUGCAUGCAUUUUGGUAACAAGAGUUCUCCAUUGUAGUUUAUAUAAAACUUAGUAUGAUACGGCUGGCCCCUGGACAUUCAGAUUGUUGUUUAUUGUUAGAAUGAAUAUUGGCAAUCUAGGAAGUAUAGCACUUCUUCUUUUUUUUU